AUGGUGUCUACUACCAAUUCGCAUCUGGUGAUUGAUGAAAUUCGAUCUCACCUAUCGAAGGGUUUUGGUUCUGCGAAAGUAAUCAAGAAAACAACUGGACUGUACAAAUCAAAACGAUUUCAUUGUCAACUUCUACUACCCUUAUCAAUUGCGAUUGUUUCUUUUGUCGUUGGUAUUCUUUAUAUAAAUAACUGUCCAAUCCAACCGUAUAUUCCAAUCUAUCUUCUUGUUCAAGGUGCAGUUGGUCUUUUUAUUCUAAUCAUUCAUGUAACUGCUAUCGUAUACAUUUUGUAUAUUAACAGAUAUAAAUAUCAAUUUAUUGGUACUAUUGCCUUUUUAACUGCGUUUCUUUUUCUCUUUCAAUUCGCAUGGUUCAUCACAGGAAAUAUCUGGGUCUUCGGUUCAGUACAACGCGUUCAAUUUACGAAUCCAGCUAAUACUACGUCAUAUUGCAAUGGAACUGCUUAUCGAAGCGCCUUUUGGUUGAUCAUUGCUGCAUAUGCGAUGAGUGUGUUUUUCUGCUGUUCGUUUACAUGGAUACCACAGUCGGGUGCAUCGCCUACUAAUGGUAUUAUUAAAGUGAAAAAACAAAUACCGAAACUCAAACGUAUGUUGAAGGGUAAUAAUAGUCGUCCUGAAUCAAUACACGAUGUUAUAGAAGUUCGACUCUAA